CCAAAACUAAACUUACAUAACCCAACAAAUAUACAUGAACAACGACAUGUUGGCCACACUAUUUAUUUAUACUUCAGCUGCUCUAUUGUGGCUGCCAGCUUUUGGCGGCGAGCCUUGUUCCUCCGAGCUAUGCAAUUAUGCGGGCGACUGCGAGUUAAUUGACAACAAGCCUAAUUGCAGUUGCUAUGAAGAGUCCUUUGAGGGGAAAUUCUGUGAAAAAAUGAAAGAUUACUGCCACACAGAUCGCAAUGUGUGCGCAAACAAGCUCGACUGCGUCUCGUAUAUUGGCCAGACUGUGUGCCAAUGCCAGGGAAUGCGUAGUGGAUUCGACUGCCGAAUUCUGGAACCAUUGGCCACCACCAAAGCAAUGUGCAGCUAUAAUGUGCGUGCCACUUACGGUGUCAAGGAGAAAAUAGUACUGAGCUUUGAGAAUUUGGGUGAUGUACCAGUCGAGUUUACUAUAUGGACGCCAACGUAUUUGAUAGCUCAAGUGUCUGCCAAGGACUUUAAAGAGGGAUCUGAUCUGAAGCAUACCACAGACUUAGCAGCAACUCUGCGCGACCUGGGCAUUAGACACAACAUAAGCCAUAUGUCUUACAAAAGUGCCUUUUACUUUGAGUUCAGUGCAAAACAUUUCACCCUAGGCAAAAACGAUUUAAACAUACGCAUUGAGACCUUCGAUCUGAUGACGCGCACAGCUCAACCAUAUGUUCAGAAUAUGACGCUGGCUGUGCAUGUCGUAUUACCUCGGAACGUAGCAUGCAUACCAACCAUUUCACUAAGGUAUGGCUUGGACCCAACCAAGCCCCGUGUGGUCGACGUUAAUCGCUUCACCAAUCUAUUUGCAACGGUAAAAGCUCGCUGCAUCCAUCCCAUCGUUCCGGUGCGCUUUAAAUGGUCAGUGUCCGAUCACACCGAAAAAACUCUCUACUAUGAGACCGACAUAUCGGAAUCCUCGUUAUUAAAAAUUCCCAGAUUUCGUCUUUGGUUUGAUGCUGCCUCCAGAGAGUAUUCAACUUUUCUGUUGGUAGUGCGGGUAACGGCGUGGGAAACUCGCAAUCAUGUGGCCACGUUGCGUUGUUAUCUCAAUGUGACGGCCUUGGAUUUGGUGGCCGAUAUAAUAGGUGGCUUAUACAGGGAGGUGCACGAGCAUCAGCGGUUCGUGUUAGAUGGUUCCCAAAGUCGCGAGCCAGGCAAACCUAUUGGCGUUCCUCAGCGAUUGAGAUACAGUUGGGAGUGUAAAUCAGAAGAUGAGUUCAAUCCCCAGUGCCGCACUUAUAUGGGCGAUGGAGCCGUUAUAACUAUUCCUGGUUAUAACCUCAAAGCGGGCUUCAACUACACGUACACAUUGAGGAUAUAUAGCUUGAAUGUAGCGCGACGUAUGGCCAACAUCAGCCAAGUGAUUCAUGUUGUUAACGACUUCAGGCCCGUUCAUAUUAAUGUUAUUUGUGUAAGGAACUGUAAGCUGUGGACCUAUAGCCCGGGCGAACUUCUGCAUUUGUUGGCAUUAUGUGAAGAUUGCGAAAGUCCAAUUGAAUACAAAUGGACGAUGAACUCUAAGGAUAUGCAGCAGAAUAAGCGACGUUUUGUUUACAAGGUACCAAAUGAUGAUACUAUCGGCGAUCUUUUCAUCAGGCUCGAGGUAAAGACUGCACGUCAAAGAAAUGGUGUACAUGUUUUGGUGCUGAAGCAGAAUAAAGCGCCCACCAAUGGCACCUGCAGUAUCGAGCCAAAGCAUGGGCAGGAGUGUCAAACGAACUUUCAUGUGGUAUGUAAGGACUUUGUGGACUCAAAUCCGGGCCCUAUACUUUAUGUGUAUACUGUAAAUGGCGCCCACAUUCAUGUGAUAGGGUUUGGCGAAGCCAGGCUUUUUCUUAUCGAAGGCGGUUCCCUUAAUGUGAGUAUUUGCGACAGUCAGUUCGCGUGCACAACUCUGUCUCUUUCGUAUACUGUCGAUUCCAUGGAGUUGCCAAACAGUUUAGAAGAAAUCGAUGCAUUUUUCAAAAAAUAUGACUUUAAACGGAUGCUCCGUGAUGGGCCCAGAGAUCAAGCAUUCUGCUUGUUUUACAGGCUGUCGUUACACAAAGCCACUGCAGCUAUUGUGAAGCGCUACUACAGGGAGUUUGGCAAAGACAGGAGUAAGACCCUCAUGGAAAUGGUUUGGCUGCUGAACUCAGCCACAAACUUUUUACACCAAUUGAAACCUGUGACACACGAUAAGGCGCAGGCACUGACCUUAGCAUUUGUAAAGCUAGCAAGGACUUUUGACUUUCUUCAAAAAGACAGAGAAGUCUUGGACUUGCUAACACCUGUCUAUUUCGGAAUAUGUCAAACAAUAACCACAAUAAUGAGCAUGCUAAGUGACGAGACAGAGCACUCGCACAAAGACUUAAUGGUAAAAGACUUUGAUGACCCUUUUUCCGAGGACAACAAAGAUUGGUUAUCAUUGGACCCAACCGUGGCCGUUCGUGUGAGCAGCUUCCAAUUAAUGGUCAGCUUGACGUUUUUUAUUCUGAAACAAAUCGGUUUAGAGGCUCCGCGCUUUCAUAAUCCUGGCGAGGAAGCCUUUCUUGCAUUUGCGCCACAUGUUGGCUAUAAGGUUGAAGUUUUUGAGCACUAUGGCCCCAUUGAGUUCGUUUCGAAUAGCACUAACUGCAAGAUCAUUGUACCGCUUGAAUCCGUUAUUGCCUUACGCCGUAUUUAUAAAUCCAACCACUUGCUAAUUCAGAGCGUAUGUCAUAGCAGUAAUGUAAAUUGGUGGGCGCCAGAGGUGUGGCAUCCAACUACUGCUAUAUUCACGGCUAGUUUCUUCAGUCUACAUGCGGCUCCGAUUUCACCUUAUCACACAAAGCUGCCAUUUACUUUAGAGCUAAAGCGAGUUAUAUAUGACGUGGAUGAUUAUGAUAGGACCGAUUAUUUAAUUGGUAACAUAAUAGUCUAUCGGACUAAGUUACCGGUUACAGCCUUGCUUUUGGUGAAGUUUCUGAAGACAACGGCGAACCUGCGCGUGCUGCUCACACUAAAUGAGAAACCAUCACUCGGGUUGCUUCGAACUAAAGGCUGUCUUAUAACACGCGGUCAACACAAUAGGACACUGAUAAUGCGAAGCUUUUGUACGGCUGAGGGCAUAGUCUACAUGGCGGUUUAUCGUGCAGACCCGUUUGAUAAGACACCUGCACAUUUUACCUUUCGAAUGAACAUACAGGAGUGCAUCGUGUGGGAUAACAAGGUUAAAAACCCACUAUGGGUUUCAGAUUCGUGCUACCCAAAAAAUACAGACAUUCAUCCCGAAGUUUCAAUCUGUGAAAUCGACCAUUUGUCAACAUUUGCGGCCAAAGAAUAUCCAGUUAUGCCAUUUCCAUUGCAAAAGGGUCGUCGCAUAAUGGAGGAAAUGCCAAUAAAUGUUGCAAGCAUAUUAUUCUAUUGUCUCAUAUUUCUUGCGGCAUUCGGUAUACUCUUCUGGGGUAGAUUUCGCAGGCAUCCCCAGAAAAUGAAUUUGAUUCGAGUCAUACCAAGCCGUGAGAAGGAGGAACCACAUAAAUUGGAGACCACAAUUCUGCAUUUGCGUACAGGCGGCAUGCUGUUGGCCCAAACAUCUGCCAAUGUCAAACUGGUAUUUAGGUCAGAUCUGGGACGGUACAAGGUAAUAAUAUACCAAAAUCCAUUGGACCCCCAUCUUCUCUCAAAUACGUCCUGCAUGGUGCGUCUAAGUAACAAAAAAUUGCAAUUGCCUUGCAUGUUGACAAUAAGCCACGAUGGUAAUGGCCAGUAUCCCAGAUGGUUCUGUCGCUCCAUUCAGGUGGACGAUCUUAAGCAUGACUUAAGCUACACUUUCGAGAUACAUCGCUGGAUUCGCAAGGGUGAAAAGGUGCGAGUGUCUUGCUUUUCGGAUGAGAUCAAUUCGAGAUUGCGCUAUCCGGUACAUCGAGUUAUUUUACCAACUAGGCGCCUGCCAUUAUUUAAAGCUCGUUUCCGCAAGUACACGAAGUUCUAUUACACCAACUGGUUUUUCAUGCAACCUGUCUUCGGUCCCUUUCGCUUUACCGACGACUCCCUCAAUAUUUACGAGCGCAGUUGCAUUUGGAUUUGCAAAAUGGUUGUCACCACUUGUAUUGUGGCCAUUUAUUUCCGUAGAGCCACAGUCGAAAACUAUUACAACUAUCAGCACAUGACAGUAACAUUUUCAUCCGAAAUAUUAGCCGUUGCUAUUGGGAGCUACUUUGUAACAGUUUUAUUUGAUGUGCUCUUCGACCAUUUGGCAAGAACCUGAAACAAAAUUUUCUAGUGAACUUUUUAAUAUACAUAUCUGUGAUUUGGUUUAACGAUUCCCAGUUUCCCUCAAAUACACUGUUACAUCUCA